AUGGCCUAUGAUCGCUCACCCGACCCGUCAGAGGACUCCUACAAGCGUAGCAGACGGCGCACGUCACCCUCUGGGCAUACGCGCACAGGGAACGACGGUGGCAGGCGAGAGCAUCGCCGCAGUGAGGCAUCCGGCAGUCGCAGCUCGGCAGACAGAGAUCCUCACUUACGUAGGUCGCGCUACGACGAAGACUAUGAUGGUCCUCCCCGAGACAGCGAUGAUCGUCGCUUGAGAGACGACAGACAUGCCAGCAGCUCGAGAAGCUCACGCCACGCUCGGUCGCCUGAACCUACCGCCAGAGAACGGGAUGCUGCAGACGAGCGUAGGAGGAAGCGACACCGAGACGAUGACUAUCCCGACAGAGAGAGAGACAGAGACCGUGCGGCUGAUGACGAUCGCUCGAGGCACGACAGCCACCGCUCAUCACGCCGGUCACGCUCGCCUGUCGCUCCUUCUGCAAGGGUCGUCGACGAUAGAGCGAGACGAUCCCCGCCUGCCCCUUCCGCUGCACCCAGCACGGAAACAGAGGAAGAGAAGCGUCAGCGACAGCGGCUCGAGAAGCUACAGGCAUGGAAGCUCAAGCAGGCUGCCGCCAAAGCCAACGUCGUCGGCACACCGACCUCACAAGGCACAGACACGCCGCCUGCAAAGGCUGCAUCGCCAGCUCCCCUGUCGAGCAAGCCCACACCGGCCACGUCUGCCGGGGCCCCGCCAGCUACUCCCAAACCCUUGCCUCCUCCAGCCGCCCCAAAAAAAGUCACGAAUGGCGCUGCGCCCAAGAUGAGUCAGCCCAUCGGCUUCAAGAGCUCAUCAGCAAAGGCGCGCAAGACGGCCAUUGGCAUGGAGGACGAAGAUGACGAAGAGCUUGAGCGGCGUCGCUCGACCAUGUACAAACCUGACCUCGACGCUACCGAAAGCCUGCCUGCUAUGGAUCACAGCGCGGCUGGCGAAGAUACUGGAGCAGGUAUAGACGAGGACGACGAUGACGAAGUAGGCGAGUCUGGUGAGACGGAGGAGGAGCGCAUGGCCGCAGCCGGCGCCCGAGCUCGUCGCCAAGCCGAAGAAGCGCUCGCGUCUGGCCUGGACAAUGUCGACACCGCCCGUGACGUCCCGCAAGAAGAAUCGGCAAUGUCAAUCGACCUGCCGACGAAGGAGGUCACGCCUGUGGAGACCAAAAGCGCUCCCACAGUGUCCGUGACCGAGCCUGAAGAGGACGACGAGAUCGAUCCUCUUGACGCGUUCAUGACCGGCGUCACCGAGCAGGUCAAGCAAGUCAACGCUUCCGACAUCGCUCGUAGUCUUGGCGGUGCACCUCCGCCCAAGGAAGAGACCGUCAUGAACCUCGACGAGGAUGCUGGCGACGAUGAUGGAGAGCCCGACGAGUAUGAAAAGGCCGGCUUGCGACCCGAGGACAUCCUGGCCUUGGCGGCAAAGAAGCUCAAGAAGAAAGAUCUCGCGCCUGUCGAUCACUCACGUAUAAAGUACGAGUCCUUCCGCAAGGCAUUUUACCAUCCGCCGCCAGAGAUCGCAGCAAUGACCGAGGAGGAAGCGACUGUGCUCCGAGGCGAGCUAGAUGCGAUCAAAAUACGAGGCGCCGACUAUCCCAAGCCUAUCACUAAGUGGAGUCACUGCGGUCUGCCUGCUAUCUGCCUUGAUGUCAUCCGCCAGCUCGAUUACGCCAGUCCGACGCCGAUCCAGGCGCAAGCGAUACCGAGCAUCAUGUCGGGCCGCGAUAUGAUCGGAGUUGCAAAGACCGGCAGUGGUAAGACGAUUGCCUUUUUGCUGCCCAUGUUCAGACACAUCAAAGAUCAAAGACCGCUUGAGAUGAUGGAGGGACCGAUCGCGAUGAUCAUGACGCCCACACGCGAGCUCGCCAAUCAGAUCUAUCGCGAAUGCAAGCCAUUCCUCAAGGCUCUCAAUCUCAGGGCAAUAUGUUCAUAUGGCGGCUCUCCACUCAAGGACAAUAUCAACGAUCUCAAAAAGGGUGCAGAGGUCAUUGUGUGCACGCCAGGCCGCAUGAUCGAGCUGCUUGGCACGAACUCCGGCAGACUAGUCAACCUGCGUCGAAUCACCUAUCUCGUGCUUGACGAAGCAGAUCGCAUGUUCGACAUGGGCUUCGAGCCUCAGGUCAUGAAAAUCAUCAGUCAAGUGCGGCCGGACCGUCAGACAGUUCUGUUCUCUGCUACCUUUCCUCGCCAGAUGGAAGCGCUUGCGCGCAAGGUGCUCAAAAAACCGCUCGAGAUUACCGUCGGUGGUCGAUCCGUCGUCGCUGCAGAGAUCGAACAGAUCAUCGAAGUUGUCGAAGACGAUGCCAAGUUUGAGCGACUGCUUGCUCUGCUCGGACGACUGACCAAUGACGACAAAGAUGCACAGACGCUCGUCUUUGUCGAUCGACAAGAAGCAGCAGACGAUCUGCUUCAGCGACUCUCGAAACGACUGUAUCUCACAGCGUCACUUCAUGGCGGCAAAGACCAGGUCGAUCGGGACGAUGUCAUUGCUCAGUUCAAGCAAGGCAUCUUCCAAGUCGUCGUCGCUACGUCGGUCGCUGCCCGUGGACUGGAUGUCAAAGGCCUCAAGCUCGUCGUCAAUUUCGACUGUCCCAAUCAUCUCGAGGACUAUGUGCAUCGUGCAGGUCGUACUGGCCGAGCCGGCAACAAGGGCACUUGCGUGACGUUCAUCACCAAGGACCAAGAUCGAUACUCGAUGGAUCUCGUCAAGGCGCUUGAGAACAGCAACGCGCCCGUGCCUGCCGAUCUCAGGAAGAUGGCAGCUGACUUUCUGCAAAAGGUCAAGGAUGGCAAUGCAACGACUGCAAGCUCGGGCUUCGGCGGCAAAGGACUCGACAGAUUCGAGCUUGAACGCGAUGCCAAGAAUCGCGCAGAAAGGAAUGCGUACGGCGAGCCUGCUGAGGACGGUGCCGCCAAGCCGGCUGGCGAAGCUACCGUCGUCGUGCCGGACAUUGAGGUCGAGAUCAAGCGUGGACCCGCACCAGAUCCUGUUGCGCCGCGAGUGGUAGACCAAGCGGAAGCAAUGGCUGCUGCCGAGAGGGUCGCGAGCUCGAACAAAGGGGCUACUGCUCUCGAGCGCGCUCAGCUCAUCGCUGCCAACUUCAACCGCUUCCUCAAGGACAGAAAGACCGAACUGCACGGCGGCGCCAGAAGUGAUGAUAUCCGACGACGAGAUCCGGAUGCAACCGACUUUCACGCGUCUAUUCCUAUCAAUGACUACAGCCAGAAGACUCGCUGGAAGGUCACAAACAAGGAGACAAUGGUACAGCUCAUCGAGGAAACGGGGGCAUCGAUCACAAACAAGGGCGUAUUCUACGACAAAGGCAAGGAACCCGGGCCGCUCGAUCAGCCAAAGCUUCACCUGCUCGUCGAGUCCAACGACGAGUCCAAAGUCCGUGCGGCUAUCAACGAGAUCAAGCGAAUCCUCAUCGAAGCCUCGACUGCGUCUAUGGAAGCAGAGCAGCGUGGUCCCGGUCAGGCUACGGGCCGAUACUCUAUCUUGUAG